CUGAGUCAAUCAAUAAAAGGACCUUGACUUUUCUUUCUCCUUUUGUAACAAGCUGAAUUCAAGAUGGAAUCAGUGGUGGUAGCAUCGGUUUGCACCCUCAUUGUCUUCCUGUUUCUUCAGUUUGUCACCUUCCAGGCAUCUAUUGGACCUGAUAGUCCGUUGUCAAUUGGGUGGUUCAAGAGCACUCAUGAGGUAAUCUCGGGUAAGUACCCCACCCCGGUCACCCCUGCCGGAUACGCCUUCAGCAUAUGGGGUCUCAUCUACCUGUGGAACUUUGCCUGGAUCAUCUACAUCCUGACGACCUUAUGUCGAUCAAACAGCCGUGGACCAGUCUACCUCAACCCACCUGCGACAACGGUCAUGUUCCUCAACAGCUACAUGAUCAACAAUGUUGCCAACAUCCUGUGGCUAUUCUUGUGGGAUCGGGAGUACCUGACGAGAUCUACGUUAGCUCUCUUUCUGAUCGCACUAACCCUCUACGUAGGGUUGUACGUCAGCCUCACCAAUGUCUACCAGUAUCUCACCGAUUUCAAAGACUUUGCAGAAUCUGAUCUGUGGGCCUAUAGAGUCUUAGUGCAUAAUGGUCUGGCCAUCUAUGCUACCUGGGCUACAGCUGCAGCCCUCAUCAACCUAUCAGUAGCACUCAUAUACGAAGCCAUGCUACCAAGCGAUGUCGCCACCUACAUCACCCUUACCACUCUUGCCGUUGUCGCCAUCGUCUACUUUGUCUUUGAGUUGUUUGUCUUCGAUGCCUAUACUCGAUACGUCUUCAUGGUUUAUCCUACCUUGAUCUGGGCAUUGGCUGGUAUCAUGGUAGCUAACGGUGAUGACACUAACAGCCCAGUGUUUGUCUACAGCGCCAUUCUCGUCUCAGUCUGUUUCAUCUUCUUCAUCGUCAAGACCGUUCUCAUGAUCAUCCGCAGUCCCGUCUACCUGAUCGUCAAGAUGACCAAGGUCAACUCGACCACGUACAAGCACAUGAUGUAGAAAAAAACAGACCGACAGAGUACUUGUUGGCUAAUUUUUUCCUUUCUAUAUUCUCUAUUUUACCUUCUGCAUUUCCUCCUCCUCCUCCUUUUUCUUCUUCUUCUUCUCCUUUUCGAAAUACAUCAAAUGCAACCAUUGUUCCACUCUUGUAACUAUUCGUUAAAUUUCAGGAUUUUUUUCCACGAAAUUUUUUGGGAAUUGAACAAUUCCUUAUUCCAGGAAAUGUGAUGAUUUUGGAGAAUGCUUAGUCCUUUAUGAAUCAUAUACACAAAGAUUAUUUUAUAAAGAUUUUCGUUAAAUUUCCUUGAUUAUCAAGCAGAUUAUUCAUCUAUAAACUUUCUACACGCUGUUUUCACUUUCAAAAUAAUGUCCAAUUUUAUGUCAAAAAGUGGGCCCUGAUAAACCACAAUACUCUAUCAUUUAACUUAUAAAAAAGUAAAGGAAUAUUUCAUAAAAUACAUCUAAUGAAAUUACACAAUUACAAAUGCUCAUAAUAUUGCAGCAUAGGAUACCCACUUAAAGUGCAUGAAUGACUUUACAAUCCGAUUUAAGCACAUAUAGAUAUCAAGAGAUGAAAUAGUUAAAUUUCUGAAUAUCAAAGCAACCAAUGUACAAGUUAAUAUAUAAACAUGAUGGCGAUACCGAGAUUGAUAAAUAAAAUGUGCAAUAAUUUCGAAUUGUA